GCUCCUGGCAGCGGGGUGAUUCUCCCGUCUCCUCACAGCAUCCUCCUGAGCUGCUGCCUGCCGAGGGCCCUCAAGACACACCGAGGCGGGCCCCUGACUCCGCACAGCCACACACUGCCGCCCUUCAGCCUCCUGGGAGAUUAAGGAAUGAUAUUGUGCCACCAUGAUGGAAGGAUUGAAAAAACGUACCAGAAAGGCUUUUGGCAUACGGAAGAAAGAGAAAGACACUGAUUCCACGGGAUCACCAGACAGGGACAGCACUAAGAAAGCAAAUGGAGCACCAAAUGGAUUCUAUGCAGAGAUUGACUGGGAGCGAUAUACUUGUCCAGAAGUGGAUGAGGAGGGCUACAGCAUCAGACCUGAUAUUGAGCCUGGCUCUACCAAAGGAAAACACUUCUAUUCCUCAAGUGAGUCUGAAGAAGAACAAGAGUCUCGCAAGAAGUUCAAUAUCAGGAUAAAGCCUUUGCAGGCCAAAGACAGCCUGAAGAGUGCCGCCACGGUGGACGAGCUAAAAGCCUCCAUAGGAAACAUUGCACUGUCCCCUUCCCCAGUGAGACGUAGCCCGGGCACAAUUAAGAGACACUUGUCAAGUGAAGAGAUAGCAAGGCCGAGGCGCUCAACUCCUACAGCUGAGAUUGCAAGUAAGAAAGCACCUGCUGAAUUAUUCGGUCCUCCUCUGGAGACUGCCUUUGAAGGUCCACGGUCUGAAGUUUCUCUAGACCAGUGUGAAAUAUGGGGAGCCUCUCAAAUAGGCACCACAGCUCCAGAAUCUCCAAAGCUGUCAAGGCCGUUCCCAACUGGAACACCUCCACCCAUUCCACCCAAAAAUAUUCCAGCCACACCACCCAGAACCGCUUCACCAUUACCAGCCGGAACAGAUCAAGGACUUGCUGCUGGAGAAGAGCAAAAAGAAACGGUCAUCACAGAAGAACAACCUGCUUCUAUCAGUGACUUGGACAGUAUUUUUGGCCCUGUUUUAUCCCCCAAGUCUGUAGCUACCAACUCUGAAGAAACGUGGAUCAGAUUUAAUGACCAUUCCCCAGAAAAGAUUUCAGUUAUUGAAUCUCCACCUCCUAGAGAACCAGACAGCCCCUGUGAACCGCUGACCCCUGUGGAAACUUGUCGAAAUAUUCCCUCACCCCUCAACCUGGAGGAAGUCCACAAAAAAAUUGCAGAACAGUCAUUCAUUAAAGAUGAUAUACUGGAGACUGCUGCAUCUCCUAAAGAUUUUGGCCCUGGUCAAAGAGCUACACCGCCCCCACCUCCACCACCUACCUACAGAGCAGUGGUGUCGUCUCCGGGACCCAGUGGCGCGGGAAGUGCAAGUGGAACAUCAUCUCCUGCUCGCCCUGCAACUCCACUAGCCACCUGCAGUACAACCCCACCACCACCACCUCCUCGUCCUCCAUCUCGGCCUAAAGUACCACCUGGGAAACCUGCAGUAACAGAUCCACGGCCAUUCAGUCCACCCAUCCAUUCAUCCAGCCCACCUCCCUUCGCCCCCUUGGCCCGAGCUGAGAGCACCUCCUCCAUUUCUUCAGCAACGUCUUUGAGUGCAGCCACCACACCGACAGUCGAAGGCGAUGCAUUUGCUGACAAACGGCCCCCGUUUGACAGACGAGAGACGCCUGCAGAGAAUGAACAGCCUUCCCUCAUUUGGUUUGACCGAGGAAAAUUUUAUUUGACUUUUGAAGGAUCUUCUAGAGGACCAAGCCCCCUAACCAUGGGGGCCCAGGAUACCCUGCCAGUGGCAGCCGCCUUUACAGAGACGGUGAACGCUUACUUCAAAGGGGUCGAUACCAAUAAGUUGAUAGUGAAAAUCACAGGAGAAAUGGUCUUGUCAUUCCCAGCUGGAAUCACCCGUCAUUUCUCCAACAACCCAGCACCAGCCGCACUGACUUUCCGCAUCACAAACUACAGCCAGUUAGAACACGUCCUGCCGAAUCCACAGCUCCUUUGCUGUGACAACACGCAGUCCACUCCUAAUGCAAAAGAAUUCUGGGUCAACAUGCCAAACUUGAUGACACAUCUGAAGAAAGUCUCAGAACAAAAGCCACAAGCGACUUAUUAUAAUGUAGACAUGUUGAAAUAUCAGGUAUCUUCACAGGGCCUCCAGUCUACUCCUCUGAAUCUUGCAGUGAACUGGAGGUGCGAACCUUCCAGCACAGAUCUUCGGAUAGACUACAAAUACAAUCCUGAGUCCAUGGCCUCACCAGUAGCCCUGAACAACGUCCAAUUCAUUAUCCCUAUAGAUGGUGGAGUGAAGAAACUACAGGCAGUGCUUCCCGCUGCUGUAUGGAAUGCAGAACAACAGAGGAUAUUAUGGAAAAUUCCAGAUAUUUCCCAGAAAUCAGAAAAUGGAGGUGUUGGCUCUUUGCUCGCGAGGUUCCAGCUGUCAGAAGGCCCCAGUAAACCAGCGCCCUUAGCGGUACAGUUCACUAGCGAAGGAAGCACUUUGUCUGGAUGUGACAUCGAGCUUGUAGGAGGAGGGUACAGGUUCUCACUUGUGAAAAAGAGGUUUGCAGCAGGAAAGUACCUAGCUGACGUCUAAUGGAGGACUACACCCCCAAGGAGCAGUGUUCCCGAACAAGUUGUAAUUUUAAAGAUCAUGAACUCUUCUUGGAGCGUGGGAAAUUUCUGCUGGAAGUUGCGUCAACUUCUUCCCAAGCAUUUUCCAGAGAAACCUUCGUGUCGCCCUGUCCUGCAGUAUUUAUAUCUAGGUGUAACAUUGUUGAUGGUUUUAAAAAAUGUAAUUAUCGUAUUUGUAAAUUGUACCUAAUUCAGUAAGGCUGUAUUUUGGCAGUUAGACUCUCGUUUCAACAUUUUACCAUUGAUAAAUGGAUGUAAUUAAGCGGUUAUAUAUAUAUAUAUGUAAAGAUAAAAACAACUGAGUAGUACUGUUGAAUGGCACACUGCUUAUAAGGAGAUUUUUGUGUAUAUAUAAAACAGCGGUCUGCAACCCAUAGCCCUUCUGCUGUUGUGGAACCAUCACUCCCAGCAUGAAGUUGUGAUUUCAUAACAGCUAGAGGGCCACAGGUUGCAGCCCACUGAUAUAGAGUGAAAUGUAUUAUAUCAGUAGUUAUGAUAGGGGGUGCCUAAGGUUAAACAAUGUCUUGAAUCCUUGUCUAUGCACAUGACAACAGUCUCCAAACAUGCAAAUCAUUUAGACAUGACAUUUGCAUGACAAUGUCAGAAGGGUGUCACAGGAUCAAAAAGCAAAAAAACAAAAACAAGAAACCCACACACAGAACAAGCAUUAGACUUUCCAAUUAUUUUGUUCCGCUUUGACUCCUCUAACCAGAAGAAUUUUGGAGCCGUCCUAGUUUUGAGGGCGACUUGGAAACCCCAUACAGGAUCGCAGGAGGGGUUGCGGAAAUAAAAACGUGUUGAUUUGCCUUUAAAACAUCAUUAUAUUGGGGCAUAUGUCAGACACUGAGUGACAGAUAUCAGCCAGGUAUACUUUUCUUACCAUCAUUUAUCUCUUCCUAGAGGCUGCGAGAAGAGACCUUUGUUUCCACCUGUUUGGUACCAUUUUCGGUAAAUUCGCCGUUGUAAUGUUUUCUGUGAGGUCUCCCUGUUUGCUGAGUUUCAUGCUUGAGAUGCUGUCAUUUAA